AUGCUUAAUUUAUCUAAAAAGUGUACUCGUUCUUCUUCAAAAGUAUGGCGUACAACAAGGCCGUCACAAAGCUUACAUCCUUCAAUAAGCUCUCGUGUGCUCGCUUCACACCCCGUGCUCAGCUCAGUAUUAAAUAGAGCAUAUAGUUCACAAAAAGGUGGCCCCGUUAUCGGUAUAGAUUUGGGCACAACAAAUAGUUGUGUUUCCGUGAUGGAAGGGAAAGUUCCAAAAGUCAUCGAAAAUGCUGAAGGUGCUCGUACCACACCAUCCGUGGUUGGAUUUUCCAAAGAUGAUGAAUUGUUAGUUGGUCAAGUCGCUAAGCGUCAGGCAGUGGUAAAUCACGAGAAUACGGUAUUUGCUACAAAACGAUUGAUCGGUCGUGUAUUCGAUGACCCAGCGGUACAGUCCGAAGCGAAAGCGGUACCCUAUAAAAUUAUCAAACACGAUAAUGGGGACGCAUGGGUAGAAGCACAUGGCAAGAAAUACUCACCAUCCCAAAUUGGUGCUUUCGUGCUUAAUAAAAUGAAAGAGACAGCUGAAGGAUAUUUGGGUAAAAAAGUAAAACACGCCGUUAUCACGGUUCCCGCCUACUUCAAUGAUGCACAACGUCAAGCAACAAAAGACGCGGGAAAGAUUAGCGGUUUAGAAGUUUUACGUGUAAUUAAUGAACCAACCGCCGCGGCAUUGGCUUAUGGAUUGGAUAAGUCCGGUGAUAAGACGGUAGCCGUUUAUGAUUUAGGUGGUGGCACUUUUGAUAUUUCUAUAUUAGAAAUACAAAAUGGUGUAUUUGAAGUCAAAAGCACAAAUGGUAACACUUCACUUGGUGGUGAAGAUUUUGAUUCAAGUUUGGUGAAAUAUAUUGUUCAAGAUUUCAAAAAAUCGCAAGGGAUUGAUUUAACUACUGAUAAGAUGGCAAUACAACGUAUUCGUGAAGCAGCUGAAAAGGCCAAGAUUGAACUUUCUUCUACUGUAAAUACUGAUAUCAACCUUCCUUAUAUCACGGCUGAUAGUACGGGACCAAAACAUAUUAAUAUGAAAUUAACUAGAUCAAAAUUUGAAUCCUUGACAAAAGAUUUGGUGGAUCGUACAAUUACACCUUGUGAGAAAGCCAUCAAAGAUGCUAAUGUUAAUACCAAAGAUAUUAAUGAAGUGAUCUUGGUCGGAGGAAUGAGUCGUAUGCCAAAAGUCGUAGACACUGUUAAAAGUAUAUUUGGUAGAGAACCAACUAAAAGUGUUAAUCCGGAUGAAGCUGUUGCCAUGGGUGCCGCUAUUCAAGGUGGCGUUUUAUCCGGAAGUGUAACUGAUAUCUUAUUGUUGGAUGUCACACCGCUUUCACUGGGAAUCGAGACUCUUGGUGGUGUUUUCGCGAGAUUGAUUAAUAGGAACACGACCAUUCCAACAAAGAAAUCACAGGUUUUCUCCACCGCUGCUGAUGGUCAAUCCAAUGUGGCAGUAUCUGUAUACCAAGGUGAAAGGGACUUCGUCAAAGAUAACAAAUUAUUGGGUAAUUUUAUGCUAGACGGUAUUCCACCAGCACCAAAGGGAAUUCCUCAAAUCGAAGUUACGUUCGAUAUUGACGCUGAUGGUAUUGUUAAUGUAUCGGCAAAGGAUAAGGGAACCAAUCGAGAUCAAUCCAUAACCAUUACAGCAUCAUCGGGUCUCUCUUCUAAAGAGAUAGAAAAAAUGAUUCAUGAUGCAGAAAAAUUUGCAGAAUCCGAUGCGAAACGAAAAAGUGUAAUCGAGGCAACUAAUUCUGCCGAGUCUAUAAUAAAUGAGACAGAAAAGAAUUUGGAAGAAUAUAAAGAUCAAAUUGAUCAAGAGGAUGGUAAAAACAUUAAAGAACAAAUCAAAAACUUACAAGAGGUUAUUAAGAAAGGUGAUGAAGCUGACCCAGAAAAAAUCAAGGAGGAAAUUCAUAAUUUACAAAAAUCUAGUCUUAAGUUGUUUGAAGUUGUUUAUAAGAAAGCUCAAGAAAAAAAUGCAAGUUCCUCACAGCAAAGUGAUGACACCUCAAGCACUUCAUCCCCAGGAGCUUCCACAUCAACAUAA